AUGGCCAAGAUUAUGGAGAGCCUCAGUACAGCCAGUAGCAAGGCAGAAGAGCAUAGGGUUGAAGAAGCAUCUAACCAUGCGUCUGCAGAUAAUGUUCUUGAAACUCUAGGCUACACUCCCCAAUUGAUGCGCAACCGAUCGGCUCUUCAGGUCGCUUUUAUGUCAUUUGUACUGGCUUCCAUUCCUUAUGGUCUAGCCACAACGCUCUACUACCCACUAGUCGGUGGGGGGCCGGUCAAUAUCAUUUGGGGAUGGGUCAUGGUUUCCGCUAUUGUUGUAUUCGUUGCGGCUUCUCUUGGCGAGAUCACCAGUGUUUACCCAACUUCUGGCGGCGUAUGUUACCAGACCUUCGUGCUCGCACCAAGCCAUUACCGCCGGUUAGCAAGCUGGAUCUGUGGAUGGCUGUAUGUUGUGGGAAACAUCACUAUUACCCUAUCCGUCAACUUUGGCACAACCUUGUUCUUCAUUUCGUGCAUCAACGUAUUCGAGUCCGAGCCGGGUAUAGGCAUCUUUCCCGCUACCGAUUGGCAGGUCUAUCUUGUCUUUCUGGGCGUGACAAUCCUUUGCAAUAUUGUAUCCGCCUUUGGUAACAAAUGGCUUCCUAUUCUUGAUACCGCCGCUAUAUUUUGGACUUUUGCUAGCUUGAUUGCUAUUACAUGUACAAUUCUAGCCAUUGCUAAGAAUGGCCGCCAUGAUACAUCCUAUGUUUUCACUCACUUUGAAUCUUCCUCUGGUUGGCCUGAUGGUUGGUCCUUUUUUGUUGGACUUCUCCACGCUGGCUAUGCUACAUCUUCCACGGGGAUGAUUAUGUCGAUGUGUGAAGAGGUACAAAAUCCCUCAGUCCAAGUUCCCAUCGCGAUGGUCACUACGAUCUUCAUCAACUUCAUAGCGGGACUUCUCUUUCUUGUCCCCAUCGUUUACGUCCUCCCAGAUAUCCAAUAUCUUAUCAACAUAGAUUCCGUGCAGCCUGUACCGGCUAUCUUCCUCAGUGCUGUGGGAUCGUCUGCUGCGGCCAUUGGGUUGCUGCUCCCAUUAAUGAUUCUUGCUCUCCUAUGUGGCAUUGGAUGUACGACUGCUGCCUCACGAUGCACCUGGGCAUUCGCUCGUGAUGGUGCGAUCCCAGGAUCCAAUUGGUGGAAGACUGUGGAUAGAAAUUUGGGAGUUCCACUGAAUGCGACUGUUCUAUCUAUGACGGUACAGCUCAUCCUAGGCCUUAUUAACUUCGGGUCUUCUGCCGCAUUCAACGCCUUCUCCGGCGUGGGAGUCAUCUGCCUUACAGCCUCAUAUGCUAUGCCAAUCGCAAUCAAUCUUUUCACUGGCAGGAAACAAAUGAAGGACGCGAAGUUCCCCCUUGGCAGGCUUGGUUAUGUGGCUAAUGUUAUUGCUAUCGCUUGGUCUCUGCUUGCCCUUCCACUAUUCUGCAUGCCUUCUGUGAUUCCAGUAAAGGCUAACACUGUCAAUUACGCCUCUGUUGUCUUUGUGGCUGCUGGUGUUAUCUCUGGUUUGUGGUACUGGGUUUGGGGACAUAAAAACUAUAGCGGCCCUCCUACUACCGACUGA